AUGUCAGCAUUGCUUCCUCUUUUCAUUGAUUCUUGCCGCCGGGCUCAUGAGUUCCCCAACAACCUGAUUGAUCAUGGGUCUACCCCGUCGUCGGUGCGUCGAGAAUACCAACAACGUCUAAGGGCGAGGGCACCGUCGCUGUUCUGUUCCCAGCAAUGUGCCAGGGUUGAGCUGUUCCGCCACGACGCAACCCGGGGCUCCUUCACGAGCGAAAUCUCAACCAACGUGCAUCAUCUUCGACAACUGUUGCCUGGCUCUUUGGGCCAGAUCCAGAGCGACAGGAAGUGUAGUUUCGUGUUUGUUGGGGCCGACAGUUCACGCGACCCUCUGCAUAUCAGUCCCGACAUGGCCUUCUGGAUCAUCUCGUUCUUUCAAGUUCUACCUCCGUUUCUCGAGUUCUUGUUCGCGUUUGGCAUGCAGCUUCGUGCUGUAGACUUUCAAUUCAGCGGCUUUAGGGAAGACAAUCGGAUCGAGGCAUCCCUCAACAGAGGACGCCUGCCUGAACUUGGACGGUCGGGGAAAGACUUCCAGAUCUGCUACAACUUGAAGACUUUCGAGUACAAAGCAGGCAUCGCCUGGCCUUGGUCCAGUCGACAGACUGUGAUUUGGCACUCGUUUGACGUGGAAAACGGUCACGCUUCAUGGAUGGCCAUCAAGGCAAACGACAUUAUCCGGGACCGACUGAAGGAAGUUUCAGACAUGUCUCUUUCACAAGACAAGGAUAUCUACACCAGCAUCCCCAAGAUGUUUGUCAAUACGCUCACAUGUCACACCGCCGUCAUAGAGUGGUCCGGAGAGGGUUGGCGGAGAUAUAUCAGCUUUCUGGAGGAGCAGUUGCAGUCGCUCAAGCGCCGUGCCGUCGUCGAUAGGGUCACUCGUGUUGCCGCUCCCGUCCCUUGUGCGGAGAGUCCUCCUUCUACCGGUAUUCCAAUGGCAAACUUGGCACCUAAUCGGACGUGGACAUUGUUGAGUGCGGCAACUGACGCGAGCACGGCAAAUGUGCAUGCUACAGUGCCUACCGGCCCUCAACAACCCCAGGAGCCUCUUCCGGAGAGCAUCGCCAUUGACAUUCCUGAAGAGCUUCAGGAGCCAGCCAAUCUCCCUCCGGAUUUCGACCCCAAACAUCAAGGUGCUGAGCUCGAGGAAGAUCAGACAGUAUACCGGAUUGAAGAGCUCCAGGACGCACAGGCCUUCGAAGGGAUGGUUAACGAGACAUGUCUUGUUCUGAAGAGCAACUUUCCCGUUCUGGCGCAGAUUGAAGCUUUCUUCCGGGACCUCCCCGAGUCUACCGACCUGGAGCCGGCGCUCAGGAACUGCAUGAGAGCAAACAUGCCUCGUUUCCUGAAGCGGAUCCAGGCGGUAAGGAGCGAUCUGCAGAUGCACCUGGAUAGAAUCGAGACCAUUUCCAAAGCGAUUACUGAAUGCAAAAACCUGCUGUAUGGGAUAGUCGAAUAUCAGAGCAUGCAGGCAAACAAGAUGUUCGCUGCUGAAGCCCGAUGCUCCGCGCUGCGAAUGGAACAGAUGACCAAAGAAAUGAAGGCUCUGACCCUGAAAACGACACUUGAGACUGUGCUGAUGAGGAUCAUCACGGUCGUGACUGUCUUCUUCUUACCUGCCACCUUUGUUUCGACGCUCAUGUCCACCGACAUAGUCAAUUUCAAGACGACAGAUUCAAACAUCAACUCGGGCAGCACCUCCCUCGGAGCGGUCAAGCUAUUCCUCUGUUUGAGCUUUUCUUUGAUGGUGGCAACCUUCUCAUCCGGCUUUGGCCUCUACUGGUGGGCCAGUCGCUAUAGCGAUAACGCAUAG